UAUCGUGGAAAUGGCUUCCAAUCAGAAUUUGGAAGUUUUUUUUCCAUAUUGAUUAGUUAUAUGUCGCUUUUGUUGUUUACUCGCCACAUUUUUUUGGUCAGUUAAAUUGUGUGUGUUGUGUUUUGCAAAAGACGCGGCAAAUUGCGCGAAAAAUUACGCAAAAAUACAAAAAAAAAAAGAACGCAAAAAAAUAAUAUUAAUAAAGCGUAGCAAAAGAAGUAGAGGGGAAGAAGCAGCAGAAUAAGAAGAAGAAGAAGAAGAACAACAACAAGAAGAAGCAAACGUUAGGCGCCAUUUUCGCAUAAAUCGCGACCCAGCGAUACACAGAAAAACACCCUCGAUGUCCGCGGGUGUGGGUGGCGGCGGAGGUAGCAUAACCACAGAUCAUCAUAGCCGUUUAUAUUUUCUUAAUUCGCCAACGGCGCCGCUUACCGCCCGCGAUCCCUUCUUCAUCAAGCCGGAAUAUCUCAACUAUGAGAAUCCCAUGCACCAUCUCUAUCCGAGCAACAGGGGCCUCAUAGAGUAUAACAGUUAUACGACAACAGUUGCCGCCGCUGCUGCGGCCAGUGCGAGUACAGGUGCCGCUGCUGCAGCCGCUGCCGCAGCCGCUGCCGCCGUCAGUAGUAACAGCAAUAGCAGCAAUAACAAUAAUAACAGUGCUAGCAGCAACAACAACAACAACAGUGCUAGCAACAACAACAACAGCAACAACAACGCGAACGCCAACGCCAACGCAAGCAGCAACAGCGAGAACAGCUUCCAGCCACAUCCGCAACAACAUCCGCAGCAACAACAACAACAGCAUCCGCAACAUCCGCAGCACACACAACAACAACAACAACAGCAGCAGCAGCAGCAACAACAACAGCAACAGCAACAACAACAUCCACAAGCGCCGCAUCCCCUGCACCAACAUUUAUCCACCGGCAUCGUUGUCACCGGCGUCGCCCUCGGUCAUCAAUCGUCGCGGGCACAGAAGGCGGCGCGACGGCGCAGCAACGAAUCUGUCGAGGCACGGGAACGACGUCUGGAACGGAACGCGGCGAGAAUGCGAGACAAGCGGAGCAAAGAGUCAGAGGACGAGUAUCGGCUGCGACUGGCCAAAAACGCCGAGGCGAACCGCGUCCGACGCCAAAACGAAAACGAAGUACAAAGAACCCUAAGACUGAUGAAGAACGCCGCCCGCCAGCGACUGCGACGCGCCAGCGAAUCGAACGACGAGCGCAAAAAGCGGCUGGCCAAGGCGGCCGAACGGAUGCGCGUCUCACGGGCGAGUGCCCCCAAGGUGAUCAAGCCGCCGCUCGAGGAUCGCCUCAAGGGCUACUAAGGAGGAGAAGCAGCAGCAGCAGCAGACGCAGCAGCAGCAGCAGCAGGAGGCGGAAUCCAAUCAGACACCCGUACACGACACCCAUACACAGACGGGCCAUAUGCACGCCUAAAGCCGAAUCCAAUCAGAGCGCAAUUGGAAGCUUGUGAAGCGGGCUUCAGCAAGUAAAGUGCAUUCACACACACACUGACACACACACAAACACACAAUAA